AGCAACAUAAGGAGUUCCUCUCCAAACUCGUGACACGGUUGUUGUAUGCUUGCAACUACCAACGGUCUGAGUUGGAGAGACAAAACUAGGAAAUGCAGCAACAGUACCAGGAUCUGAAGACACAGCACCAUGAGUUGGCAAACAUCCGCCGGAUGGUGCAGAGCCACGAGGAUGCAACACGGACACUCAAUUCCCGUGUACUGGACCUGGAACAGGCUGUACUAGGACCAGAUGCUGGGGCUUCCAGCAGUGCACCCUCUAGCCGCGAACUGGAGGAACGCGUUGACCACGUAGUGGCAAUGCUGGGCAAUAUCAGCACCUUCGCGGCGCCGACCACCAUCAGCAGCCAGCUAGACACGCUAAAGACUGAGGUCCAGCAACUGCAGUCGACAAACUCGGAUGGCAAUCCUAAGCAAUACAAGAUGCCAACUUUUCAACUGGAGAAAAUCGACGACUACACGCAUCAGGACCCGGUGCUCUGGUGGGAAGCUUUCACGACGCAACUGCGGAUUCUGCCUGUUGCCAAGCACACGUACAUCGGCGCCCUAUUCAUGAACUCAAAGGGCAGAUGCCAGAUCUGGUUGACUCACCUGGCAGCCACCCACAGCAUCGAUGUCGCCGAUCUGAAGGACAAGAUCACAUGGGAAGAGUUAACACGGUUGUGGAAGAAGCGGUUCAUCGUCGACGACGCACCGGCACUAGCCAUCAACUGUCUCUUCACCAUGUCUCAAGGCAACACAUCAACACAUUCGGCCGCCUUGCUAGCGGCCUCCUACACAUCUGGGGAGGAUGCGCAUGUCCCAAGUCCUCGGUACACUUACGAGGAUUAUGCUGUCCACUUGGUCCCACCACUGGACCAACCGCUCCACGUGCAACAAUCUACCGCAUGCACGGUUUCAUCACCAUCGGCAACCGACUCGGCAGCUUCGUCGCCAUCUACUGUCGGGGAUUCAACGUCAUGGUCAAGACUUGAAGAGCUCGACCCGUUGACUUUUGAGGACUUCCAAUGGAUGCCCCUGCCCCGGUCCGGUCGAUUGCCGAAACCGCAUUGCAACGUGCUCAAAGCACACUUGCGGGAUUACUUGCACACUGCAGUACCGACUCCGUUGAUGGACGUCGGAGUAGAGGUUGUCGACCUUCACGCCUACAUUGCGAAGAUCGACCGCGAGUUCAAGACGCAACGGUACGAYGACAUCGACRCRCCAUYGCUAUAUGUACGCAUUCAGAUCGGAGAGGCGACCUGCAGCGCUUUGAUUGAUUGCGGAGCAUCUCGCAACUACAUGAGUCAGGACUUCAUGGUACGCGCCGGCCUUAGCCCACGAGUCCAAAGGAAGUCCCAUCCCACGCAAGUCACAUUGGUGGACGGUUACACGCACAAGUCAAUCAACCGGUGCAUUGACGACGUCCCCAUGUACUUUGCCCCUCAUGCAAGUGAGGCGGUGUCCUUUGACAUCCUGGACACCAAAUUUGACAUGAUCUUGGGCAUGUCAUGGCUGCGAAGCGAGGACCACCCGGUGAACUUCUACCGCCGCACCGUUCACAUUCGUGAUCGGAACGGAGUACUAGUCCCAUGCACGGUAGCUCCUCCUCACCCUUCAGUCAGCUGUCACGUGGUAUCUGCCGCAAGAUGCGAGCUUCCAUCAGCAGAGACGACAUCGAGGAGAUGGGGGUGUGUUUUCUCUACGCCUUCCCGCCCCAAGACGAGUCAUCGACGGACUCAUCUUCGGAUCCACGCAUCACCAAACUUCUCGACGCCUACAGCGGCGUGUUCGAAGGCCAACACGGUACCGGAUCGACCCAUCCGCCACGAGAUCAUCCUCGAGGACGGGGCCGUACCUCCACACGGUUGCAUCUACCGAAUGAGCGAGGAAGAGUUAAGUGUGCUUCGGGCACAACUCGACGACCUUCUGGAGAAAGGCUGGAUUCGGCCUAGCUCAUCGCCAUACGCCAAGUACAAAGCCAACCGCGACAAGUACGAAUUCGCGCGGCAGGAGCUGGAGUACCUGGGACACUACGUGACGCCGCAAGGCAUCCGUCCGCUUGCGGACAAGAUCGAGGCCCUACGAGUAUGGCCCGAGCCCACCAACACCACGGACGUUCGUUCAUUCAUGGGGUUGGCGGGCUACCAUCAGCGAUUCAUCACCGGAUAUUCCAGGAUUGUUGCACCUAUGACGAGGUUACAGUCGCCAAAGGUGCCAUUCGUAUUCGAUGACGACGCACGCCGGUCAUUCCAAGCACUUAAGACGACCAUGCUCAUGGCACCCGUCCUUAGCAUCUAUGACCCCACCCUGCCGACGAGAACGGCUACGGACGCUUCCGGCUCUGGCAUUGGGGCAGUCUUGGAACAACACGACGGCGACGACUGGCACCCUGUGGAGUAUUUCAGCCACAAAGUGCCUCCCAUCAACUCGCUUGAUGAUGCAAGGAAGAAGGAGCUGCUCGCAUUCGUCAUGGCUCUCAAGCGAUGGCGACACUUCCUCCUUGGGCGUCGUAGGUUCACAUGGGUUACGGACAACAAUCCAUUGACCUACUACAAGACGCAGGAUACGGUGAGCAGCACGAUCGGACGAUGGAUGUACUUCAUCGACCAGUUUGACUUCACACCGAAACAUCUUCUCGACCUCUCAAAUCGCGCAGCAGAUGCACUCUCGCGAAGACCUGAUCUUUGCGCUAUGACACAUCAUGCCUUCGCAUUCGACGAGGAGCUUCAACGACACUUCAUCCGAGCAUACGAGUCUGAUCCGGACUUUGCCACGCUAUAUGCACAGCUAUCUUCGGAUCACCCGCCGGCCAGCCACUAUCGCAUUGCCGACGGGUACUUGCUCCUCCACUCGAGAGGCAAGGACUUAUUGUGUGUCCCAGAUGACCGUCGUCUUUGGACUCCCGUUCUCGGAGAGUUCCAUGACUCGCGACUCGCCGGCCAUUUCGGAGUCAACCGCACUAUUGCACGGCUUCGACAACGAUUCCGAUGGCCCGACCUCAUUACCGAUGUCACUCGGYAUUGCGACUYUUGCGAAGUUUGCCGACGCAGCAAGCCCCGCAACCGCAAUCCCUACGGCGAGUUACACCCGAUGCCUAUCCCACGGGAACCCGGUCUCUCCAUUGCCAUGGACAUCGUCGGUCUAUUCCCUCGCGACCGGCUCAGGCACGACGGCAUCCUCACGGUUGUGGACCGAUUGAGUAAGUACGAGCGUUUUCUUCCUUGCAAGUACUACUCCACGGCUCCCGAGCUGGCACGCCUCCUGCACACCGGUUGGAUUUGUGGCCACGGUGUACCAGAAGACAUAGUCAGCGACCGCGACACUCGCUUCAUGUCGGCAUUUUGGACUGCUCUCAUGCAGGAGUCCGGCACGAAGAUGAAACCACGUUCGGCUCGGCAUCCACAGACGGACGGGCAAACAGAGCGGGCACAUCAGACCGCUCAAAUGAUGCUUCGUACGCUCAUCCGUCCGGACCAGAAAGACUGGGUUGACCGCCUCCCUGACAUCGAGUUCGCCUACAACACUUCGGUGCACCCGGCGAUUGGCGUGACUCCAUUCGAGUUGCACCACGGUGGACAGAAAGGCCAUAUCUUCGCUGACCUUCUCCUCCCUCGACCAGCCGACAUUGACACCGCUUGCUCUCCCGCUUCCGUCCGGAAGUACAGGGAAUUGCUGACUCAAGCUCGCGCGAACAUGCGAAAGGCUCAAGUCAGCAUGCAGCAGCAAGCCAACAGGCAUCGCGUGCCAUGUCCCAUCCGCGCCGGUGAUCUGGUUUGGUUCUCCGCGGAAGAGUUUGCACUGGAACAGGAUGUUUCACGCAAACUGCUUCCCAAGUGGUUUGGACCUUGGUCUGUGACAGCAGCCGCGGGCGAUGAGCCCGAUGGCCCUUCAUUUGUGAUCAACAUUCCMGAGCAUCUGACGGUCCAUCCAGUCUUUCACGCAUCAAAGCUGGCAACAUAUACACCAGCUAAGAGCGACGACUUCCCGGGCAGACGAUCGCAGGACCCUCCAUCUAUGGAUGGUCAUCAGGAGGUUGACCGCGUCAUCUCAGAUCGCAAGUAUGGCAGCAAGCCGCGCCAGUACAAAGUUACAUUCAGAGCAUGCGAUCCCGACGACACUCGGUGGAUUUCAGAAGCAGAUUUGAAAGCAUCCGCACCGCUGAUCUACGCUCACUAUGAGUGCCAAAGGUUAGCCAAGGGACCCCCACGACCUGCCCCUCCCACCCGGACUGUGGUCCCUCCCUCAGACAGACAGCUUCGCCCUCGCAGGUAAGCUCGGUCUUUCAAGGAGGGGGGGGGGUGGCAUACUGCGUAGCCACACGGGCCCUGCAGGGCCCGUCCCGCACUUUCAGCCUA